ACAAAUGUAAAGCUAUUUGCCGCUCCCUCUUUCACUUUCUAGAAUGUCUGAAAAUCCAUUGCAGGCUCUCUUCCAAACCUUUGAGAAAGUGUCAAGCUCCGUUCAAACCCAUCUCUUCAAUCUCAUAGGCCAACCUCACCACCCAUCACCCACAAGAAAAAAGCCUCUCUUGUCUCUCCCUUCCCCAUCCAGAGUAAACCCAUCAAGCACUGACUAUGCUACCCCUCUCCAACCCAAUGACAUUCUCAACAAGGGAAAAUCUGCUUCACCUAUAACUAAAGAAGAGCUUGGAACGGCCACUUGGACUUUUCUUCACACCCUUGCUGCUCAGUAUCCAGAUAAUCCAACAAGGCAACAGAAGAGGGAUGUAAAAGAAUUGAUGGCAAUAUUGUCUCGAAUGUACCCUUGCAAGGAGUGUGCAGAUCACUUUAAAGAAGUUCUGAGAGCAAAUCCUGUACAGGCUGGAUCUCAUGCUGAGUUCUCCCAAUGGCUAUGUCAUGUGCAUAAUGUUGUUAACAGAAGCCUUGGCAAACUUAUAUUCCCAUGCGAACGAGUUGAUGCAAGGUGGGGCAAGCUGGAAUGUGAGCAGCGUGCAUGCGAUCUUCUUGGAAAUAUUACAGAAUUUGGGGAUGAAACACGUUAAGAAGUGUAGUUAUCAAUUGCACUGGCAUAUAACUAUUCUUUUAAAUAGAAUUUUCAAUUGGUUUUUUAUUUUUAUUUUUUAUUUUAAUAUAUAUUAUUAAUGAUGUUUUUCCUAACUUAGCAAAGGGGGAAAAUGAUACUAUCUACAUGUUUAACAUAUUUGAUAUUUGUAAUUAUCAGGUAUCGUGUUGAUGAGAUAUAUUCGGUUGGAGAUCACAAUUUAUAAAGCGGAGCAUAUUAACUCGAAUAUCUCCUUCUUCCUUCCA